AUAAGGCCUUUGUGUAUAUGAGAGUCUCUGUUUUCAAUUCUCUGCUUAUAAAUCGACCCAGUUGAGUUCUCACACUCCAUUCUCCUUAACCUUUCAGCAAAUUCUUCACUACUAGUGCAGGUUCUCCAAUGGCAAAUUUGACGGUGGUUCUCCCAACAAGAGCUCUUAAACCAGAUGGGAUUGCCUCGGGCAGGGUCAGUGCCUCCAACCGGCACUUUGUUCAUCUUAUGCCCAGGAUUCCACGAAAUCAGAAGUCACGACCGUUUGUGGCUAGGGAUAUGCAGGGGCGCCGCAUUUAUCACCUUGAGUACAAGAGGCGGAUGGUGGGGCUCCGUCCGAAGCAAACAAUUACUGGUUUAAGACGCUUCUUUCGAGAGCAUGGUUUGCAACCUGGGGAUCGAAUUACUUUGUACAAGGAGGAGGGCAAUGAGAUGAUGUUGAUGGGACAACUGAUCUCUCCAUUCUAUGUGAUCCACUUUGAGAGGGUUAACGAAGUUGCAGCCGGUGAAGAUCCCGCUCCGUUGCAGGCUGGUGAUGAUCAUGCUCCUUGAGGAUUA